AUGGGCAGACAUACUUUUAUAAACAAUGGUGGUAUGCGUCAUAAAAUUAAUUCUGUGCACUAUGACGAGCAAGAACAGUUGCGAUACAAAAUGAGGUGUGUAAUGAACACUUUGAAACAAAGCAAGAACGCCAAUGCAUGCGAUGAAAAUUACGUAGCAGUGUUGACUAAUGAUGUUUAUAUCAAGUGUUUUCGUCAAGGAAAUUACGAAUACGGUAAGAGCAGUUAUUAUGCUUCAUCACUUUCUAUUGAUAUUGGCAAUACCAAUGAUUCUGAAUAUUUGUAUUGGUCAAUCAUGGAUUCGGUAGUUUUUUGUUUCACCAUAAUCACAACUAUAGGAUAUGGAAAUGUGGCCCCGAAAACAAUGGAAGGCAGACUUUUCGUUAUAGCAUAUAGUAUAUUCGGCUUGCCCUUUACAAUGCUAACCAUUGCUAGUUUGGGUAAAUUUAUAACUGGAAACUUAACGAAUAUCACGAAAUUGGUAACUAAAAUCAAGUAAUU